CCCCCGGGCAGCUUCUGAGCUCUGCCUGCCGGGCCGGGCCGGGCGGGCGGAGCCGGGCAUCCAGGCUACUGGAGGGAUCGCAGCCCGAGCCGGGGCCCGGGCCGGGGCCAGAGCGGGGCCCGACGGAGGCCAGCUCGGCCCCCCAGGCCCGAGCCAUGUCGGCCCCUCGCGGCGGCUUCUACCGACAGGAGCUUAACAAGACGCUAUGGGAGGUCCCCGAGCGCUUCCAGAGCCUGAGUCCCGUGGGCUCGGGGGCCUACGGCUCCGUCUGUUCUGCGUAUGACACCCGCACUCGACAAAAGGUGGCUGUGAAGAAACUGUCCCGGCCCUUCCAGUCGUUGGUCCACGCGAGGCGGACGUACCGGGAGCUGCGGCUGCUCAAGCACAUGAAGCAUGAAAAUGUCAUCGGCCUGCUAGAUGUCUUCACACCGGCCACAUCCAUAGAAAACUUCAACGAAGUGUACCUUGUGACCACCCUGAUGGGGGCUGACCUGAACAACAUCGUCAGGUGCCAGAAGCUAACUGAUGAACACAUCCAGUUCCUGGCGUACCAGCUGCUGCGGGGGCUAAAGUACAUCCACUCGGCCGGAAUCAUCCACAGAGACCUGAAACCCAGUAACCUGGCUGUGAAUGAGGACUGCGAGCUACGGAUCUUGGACUUUGGGCUGGCCCGCCAGACAGAUGACGAAAUGACGGGCUAUGUCGCCACACGCUGGUAUCGCGCCCCUGAGAUCAUGCUCAACUGGAUGCAUUACAACCAGACAGUGGACAUAUGGUCUGUGGGCUGCAUCAUGGCAGAGCUCUUGAAGGGGAAGGCCCUGUUCCCUGGAAAUGACUACAUCGACCAACUCAAACGCAUCAUGGAGGUGGUUGGGACCCCCAGCUCUGAGCUGCUGAAGAAGAUCUCAUCUGAGCAUGCUCGAAAAUACAUCGAAUCCCUGCCCCACAUGCCCCAGAAGGACCUGAGAAGCAUCUUCCGGGGAGCAAACCCCCUUGCUGUGGACCUCCUGGAGAAGAUGCUGGUCCUAGACAGUGACCGGCGGGUCAGUGCCACGGAGGCCCUGGCACACCCCUACUUUGCCCAGUACCACGAUCCCGAGGAUGAGCCCGAGGCUGAGCCCUAUGACGAGAGCAUUGAGAAUAAAGAGAGGACCAUUGAGGAGUGGAAGGAGCUCACCUAUGAAGAAGUCAUCAGCUUCAAGGCCCCUGAGCUGCCGAUGGAUGGCCUGGAGAUUGAGCCCUGAGGAGGCCGGGGGCCACAGGCACCACCCAGGCAGGGCUCGCCCCUGAUGCCCGGCUUCACCCAUCAGUAUCGCCCUCCUCGUCCCAGAGGGCACAGAGCAGACUCUCAGGAAGCAGGCGGCAGGCCCAGCAGCCGGAGGCGACCUUGUUCACAGGGGUCGGGGUGGGGGGCUCCGGCCAUGACCUGGAGGGCAGUGUAUGGAUGAACAAGGAUAAAGGAUGCUAGAGGCUUUUAUGCCCCACUCAGGAAUAGGAGUCAUGUGGGUAGGAUGGGGACCCUGAUGCUAGGCAGGGUACUGGGGUCCCUUGGGCCCCAGGGCAUAGCCUCCCUGUGCCUACCUCUGGUAGACUUUCGGAACCCAGGGUCGGGGUGAGAGGCCAGAGAAUGGGUCCUCUCUGUGCUGAAGCCUGGGCCUCACAAGGAAGACCUCGAUCUCUGGCCUGGAGGUGGGGGGAGGGGGUGGGGGAGCUGUGUCUGUGUGUCUCGGUGUGUAUUUGAACACGUGUGUCUGAACGAGGACAUAUUUAUGGGGAUGAACAUAGGCAAGCUGUGAGUGGAGACAUGCACGUGGUUUCAGGGAUUGUUCCUGUCCAGAUCCAGGGAGGCCACAGGCCUGCUGUCCCAUGUCCUGCUCAGACCUCGCCUGGAGGAUCAGGUUCAGGCCUGGGUGUCACAUUUUAGGAAGGACAUUGAUGGGUUGGACAAAGCCCAGAGCAGGACACUCGGGAGGGUUAAGAGGCCUGGGCCCCAGGCCAGACAAGGCUCACUUGGAGGAACUGGGGCAAACGCCCCCAGUCUGCAGAAGAGAAGGCUUAGGGACAACUGGAUCCCCUCUGCAUGUGUGUGGAAGAUUGUCAUAGACCCAGAGCGCCCAACCAGGAGGUGCAGGGAAGCAGAUUCAGCUCCUCAUAAGGAUGAUCGGAGCUGACCCAGAAAGGAGCAAACUCCUGGAGAUUCUCAGGCCAGCAACAUCCCCCCCACACACACACACACACAGAAUGGGGAGAGCAGACAGAAGCCAUGAAAAGAUCAUGACAAGCUCUAGAGAAUUGGGCCAAUUAAUAAGAUGAAGUAUUAACAAAGAACAAGCAAAAUUCUAUUCUUCAGCUCAAAAAAUCCAUUUCACAACCACCAGAGCGGGAGGCAGCAAUGUGUCUGAAAAAGAUCCGAGGGUUUUAGUGACUCACAAGCACAAUGUGAAUCAAGUGUGUAAAAAGCCACUGGGAUCUUGGCCUGAGUUCAGAGGGGCCUGACGGUCCUAGAGCAGGGAGGGGAGCGUCCCACUGUUCUCUGCUUUGGUCCAGCCUCCUCUGGAUUCAGUCCAGGGCAUCCUUUCUCAGGAAGAAGACUGAGAUGGCCAUGCUGUCCAAAGAUUGUUUGGAAGAACGUGGGAAUGUUGACUUAGCUUGAAGACGCCUCCUUUUGCUCUGUCCCAGGGGGCAGAAGCAGGGGUGGCGGAUGAAUGUGACAAGGAAGCCCAUUCCAGUUUAAAAGAAGGAAACCCGGCCAUGUAGUUCUCCCGUGGGAAGUAGUAAGAUCCCUGUCAGCCGAUGGGCUCAGGGACCAUUUGUCAGGAAUGUUGUUAAGGCCAUUCUUGUUGGACUGGAGCUGCCUUCCGGUUCUGAGGGCAAUUCAAGUGCCUACAUAUGUAUGGGGGGGGGGUGUCAUGGCUAGCCAACCUGACCCUCAGGCUUCUGUCUUUGGGGGGAGAAGGGACAUCCCAUGUUAUGCUGGGAAUAUCAUUUUGGGUGGCAUAGGAGCUGUGCUCCUGUUACCCCACCCCACAGGGGUUCCACCUCCCCCACAGAGUCACUUUCCUAUGUUUGUGCUGAGGGAGAGGGACCAAGGCCCGGGAAAAGAGAUUCCCGGGGUUUGGGGGAUACGGUGUCCCAGCCUCAUCCUGCCACAAUGGCUGUGGCCAUUGCUUCUGGAAUCCAGGGGCUGGGGAGAUAGGUCAGCUGGGCCGGCCCUGACUGAAAGAGAUGACUCCCAUUUCCCUAGCUCAGCACCAACUACUCACUGUAUUAGAAAAAUCAGAGUAUGUCUUCUCUUGGGGAAACUGAGGCUCAGAGAGGUGAGGCGAAUUGCCUGUGUUCAUAGAGCUAGGAAGCUUGGGGCUGGGGCUGAAAUCCAAGGUUCUUGGUAUGUCCAGGGUUCUGUUUGCUGGGUUCUUAGCCUAGUUUGGCCACCGGUGGAAAUAUUCAAAGGAAAGCUAAAUGCUUCUAGGCAGGGAGCACAAAGGAGGAGCAGCAGUCCCAGGUACUGCCCCCAGGGAGCUCCUGGUUUGGAGGAAGAACAGCCCCAGGUCCUGCCCUCAGGGGGCUUUCAGUCUGGGGAGUCCUUGAAACUUAUACUCUGUGACUCCGGGCUCAGACUGUGAAAGCUAGAGAAAUCAGAGCAAGGGGCAACCCAACUUGGACCAGAGCAGUCUGGGAAGGCUUUCUAGACAAGUCAGGUUUUCCUGGUGGGGAGGAGGAACCUCUCCCCCAGAGCUUUGAAGGUUUCUAGGAGAGAGUGCUCCAGGCUAGUUGACUGGGGACUGCACAUGGUAGGACGGUGACCUUUGCACAGGGUGGGCAAUGCAAGUCUUAAAUCAUUGAGAGCUGGGAGGGUCCCCAUCUCUCUGCCCACUAAUGGGGAGAUUAUCUGUGUGGGGCUCAGCUCCCAGAAGAGCCAGAGCCUGCUGCCCCUGCCAGCCCCACCAUUCACAGCCCUUCUGCCCACUCAGGAACCAAAACCCUGGUGAGGAACUGGGAUGGGGAGCAGGGGGUGGAGGGCAGAAGAGCAAGGGAGGAAGGAAAUACCACCUAGUGAAGGGGGGGGACUGCCCUCACCUCUCCCCUGAUUUUGCUACCAGGAAAGGCCUCACCUGUACCCACUGGGCAGUGUGGGAUCGGGGAGCACCGCAUGUGAAUGUGUGUAUGUGCAUGUGCAAACAGGGUCUGGGAAAAUGUAUGCUCUUCAGCCAUCUGGCCCACAUGUCACAUGGGAGGUGUUGUCUGUGGGGCAGGCACACCUGGGUCUUGGGCCAGGACUGAGGUGUGUGAGGUGUGUGCUGUAGGCCAGCGUCACACACAUGUCCUGUAGCAUGUAGUGUAUGAGAUUUCAAUGUGCACCUAACUGCAGGACAGGUGUCUUGUGUGCCAGGCUUGGUGCCCACAAUCCCAGAGUCAUUUUACAACAACAAGCCCAGGCGACAAAGUGAACUCCGGGACGGGUGGCAGGGGCUGGGGGCGGGGCCCAGUGGGCACAGGGCCCAGGCCUGCCCUGGAGGAUCCUGUUACUGUAAGGAGAUCUUAGGAACUGGAGUGGGGCCUGCCACACCUCCCCUCCCCCGCCUCGGCCCCGAGCCCAUCAAUCAGUCAAUCAGCAAGCAUUUAAUCAAUCAACGAGCAUGACAUAACCAGCUGCACUGGGAGAGACCAUAGUGUCCGGGACGGGAAAACUAUGACAGUGCCUCUGUCCUCUGCCCUGGUCAGGCUACAUGGACAGGCCAGCAUUAAGUGUCCAGGGUGAUCAGCAAGGAGCCAGAGCCUGGAGGUCGGGGUAUGUGAGGAUCAGUUGGAGGGACUGGUUCGGCUUUGCCUGGAGAAGAGAAGAUUCGGAGGGGACGAUACUGCAGUUUGUUUGCAAGUCUUAGAGGGGUAUCAGGUACAGGAAGGAUUAGUCUGUUGUGCUUGACCCCAGAGGGCAGAAGUGGGAGGAGCCAUUGGGGAAAGUUCUGAGACAGGCCCAUGUAAGGACAAACUGACCAAGACUAAGUCUGUUUUCGUGAAAUGUGUGUUUCCAACCAAUGGAACAAGUGGACUCUGUGUAUAUUUUGUCUGUGUAGCUGAUGUGAACUCCAUGUGGGCAGGGACCCUUUCUAGUUUUGUCUGUAUCCUCAGCGCCUGGCCCAUAGUAGGUGUUCAAUAAAUGCUUGUUGAUUGAU